AUGACCAGCUCGAAAGUGGCGGAUCUACGUUGGCCUCCGAGAUCUCCAUAUGAGGCGCUCAUGAGUUCUCCUAAUGGUCGCAAACGAUUCCAAGAGAUGCAAGAACGUCGGCAAGCCGGCAGGGCCUCCCUUAAGAGUUUCGAUGCUUCCCCAUAUGUACGAACGAAAGCGAAUCAGCUGCUGGAAGAUGGGGUCGAAAAUGAUAUGGAAGAGGAGGAUGAGGACGAGGAAACAUUACAGUUGAAACUGGCUGCGAUUGAGGCACGUUUAAAGCUUAAGAAGUUACAGCAGAGCAAAUCUAAGUCGAAGCCCCCGAGUUUCGAGCAGAAGACUCUCAGCGAUACACCCGCUUCUCCUUCCUCGCGACCAGCCAUGCGAUUCAUUCCGGAGCGCAAGCGGAAGGCAGCAAAUAUGUCACAGCAGGAAAAUAUACAGGUGCCGGUGUCACCUUCGAAAAGAUUGGCCGCUUCCACGGAUCCUGUGUCUCCGAGACGGAUUGUUCUUGGGAUUGACAAAGGGAAGAAGGGAACUGACGUAUCGCUCAAUAGGCCUCCCAGUUCGAGAUCAACGGGGAGACCAGCAAGCUCGAUUGGAGUAUACCGGGGCGAGGCAUUGUUACGGAAGACCCAUAUCUCAGCUUCCCACGAACCAACCUUCACACCUGACGGGGAACUCCAAAGACCCAAAAGUUUCAGCGAGAGGAUUGCUGAGAGCAGGUCAAUUGAUAAAAGCAGAUGGGAGAAAACACAACUUCUGCACCGUAAAAGGAAUUCCUCUUUUGCCGUUGACAAAGGUGAAAUGGAGCGUUUCCAGCUUGCAGCAAAGGAAGAAUCGGAGAAAGCGUCAAAUUUCGAGUCUCCAAGAAAAGCGCAACGCGUUGAGGAGUUCAGUAGGGACGAUGUCAUUCAAUCUUAUAAUCGACCAGGUUCUGGACUUCGAAAAAGCAAAAAUAUCUCGAGUGCUAGCGGUAAUUGUUCGGCUACCCAGGAAUUUCAACUCCAGAUGGAAACGCGGCCUACCUCAUCAUUGCUAAACGAUGACAGCACCGGGGAUAACUCACAAAAUAUUAAACCAACUAUAGCAACUGAUCCGUCCAAAUUUGAACCAUUCUCUGGACUUCACCUCUCAACUCGAAUUUUGCCUCAUUCCUUCCUCAACCGAACCCUUGAUGCAAAGAGCCCCAUGCGAAUACCGGACUUAUUAAGAACGAUUAAAGGACCUGAAUUCGACCCACCAGAUGUAGAUGGCGAUUACGUCGUUUUUGGGAUAAUAGCAUCUAAGUCAACCCCGAAAGAACAUCAAGAUGUGAAGAAAGGCGCCUCCAAGCAUAAAAAUCUUGACGAUGACGGCUCAAACAAUACAUCUAAAUAUAUGGUCCUUACCCUAACGGACCUCAAAUGGUCCAUCGACCUCUUUCUUUUCUCCACUGCAUUCCCCAGAUAUUACAAACUCAUCCCAGGCACUGUCGUCGCCAUCCUGAACCCUUCAAUAAUGCCCCCACCACCAAAUAAACUUGAUACUAAUCGCUUCAGCCUCACAUUAAAUUCAUCAGACGACACAAUUCUCGAAAUAGGAAAAGCCCAAGACCUCGGUUUUUGCAAAGCAAUCCGAAAAGAUGGAAAAGUAUGCGAAGCGUGGGUCGAUGGUCGAAAAACAGAAUUCUGCGAAUUCCAUGUUGACUUGCAACUUCGCAAGACAACGGCGAAGCGAAUGGAAGUUAACGGCGGGCCUACUACAUUUGGUCCAGGAGGUCGGUCAGGCUCCCGCACUGGCAUGUUUAACAAAAAUCGCGACCUGAAGGAUCGAGACCGAUAUAGACUAAAGCCUGAAGGUCCGCAGACAGACCGCUCUACGGGAUCUACUUACUACGUUGGGCCUCCUAUUCCGGGUAGCCGCUCGGCAGCCAGUCUUAUUGAUGCAGAUGACCCUUUCAUCGUUGCUGCUAAUGAUUUCCCACGUGGUGGUAACGGCAAGCUGGAACGUUUUCAAAAGCGCCUCGCGGAGCAAGAGCGGGAGCGCAAUAUUGCUAAGGUACUUGGUAGAUCUAAUUCCGUCGGUGCUCAAUACCUGCGUCAUCGACAAGCCGGUGGCACGUCGGGACGAGACGGUUCUGAUGCUAAUGCUCCCAGCAAUAACACCAGGCCAAGCUCUGGUGCUGGCAAUAAUAUUAAUGGGAAAGGCGAUGAAUCUGGGUCACAACCGGCGCGGGUAGCACUAGGAUUGAGUAGCACGAUGAAAAGUGCUGUCAAUGUCAAGUUGGGUCCGAUAAAGAAGAGUGCUGUUAAUAAAAAGACUAGAUUUGUCACUUCGAAGGGCAUCAGGGAUGCGGGGAGGGAUAGUCUUGGUGGUCCAGGGGAUGGCACUGGUAAUGACAAUAAUGCGGAUUAUGAUGAUGACUUGGACAUCGUGUAA